AUGUCCGCUGAUAUACAGAUAAUCAGCGUGAUUGGCGCCAAUGGCCAACCGCUGCCCAUACAUGGGAACAGCAUCGGCUCGAAUUGGAGCGCACCUGUUAAGCAGGAACGCGCCGACGAGGCUGAGAUCCAGGAGUUAGCGGCCAAGAUGAUGGAAACACAAAAGGCCGCAUUGGCUAAGCAACAACAACAGGCUGCCCAGCUGGCUACGCGUCAACAAGUGGGCGGCAUGCAAGCCGGUGUAGGCAACAACAAUAAUAAUGGUCAGGCGAACAUACUGAACUAUUUGACACGCCAACAGAAGCUGCCGAAUGGCACCAGUGCAACUGCCGCCAAUGGCAAUGGACGAAACGGUGCACAGCAAAAUGGCAAUGGCAGUAGUGGCGAUGCCACCGGCGAGAAGAAAGCGCCAUGCGAUGAGGAGUCACAGAAGGGACAUUUUGGUUGGACCACAUUUGGUAAAACUUACAUUCCGUACAUCUAUCGGCAGCAGGAGAAAUAUUGUUCGGUACGAAUGAUUGAAAUGAAGCUAUUGGGCAAAUAUCUCAAUUGCUUACACCCGGACAUUUACUCCAGUUGCACCUGCGUGCGUAGCUACUAUAUAACGGAGGCAGAGGCGCGACUUCUAAUUGAAAUUAAUAUAAAACACUGUGAUGGUGAAUUUGGACGCGACAUUUUCACGCAAAAAGAUUUGGUGGUGCGCCUUUCGGAUGCAACCAAAUUCUAUCAGUUCCUAGACAUUUGUUACCGCAAGCUCAUCUCUGGCAGCAAGUCACCCUCGGAGAAAUGCGGCUUUAUACGCAUCAAUAAGGAGUCUGUCGUGCCGUAUACGGUGCGCAACAACGAGCAAGUGGUGCCGCUCUUCUAUUUCGAAGGCGAAACUGAGAAUCUCAAACAGAAAGCCGACUAUCUCUCUGGUUGGGAUCUGGCCUACUUGAAGUUCUGCUGCAAAGUGCAGGGCAUACGCAAUGAAUUAUUCUCCAGCGAAAAUGUGGCAGUCAUUUCAUUGACAGACAUUAAAAGCUAUUUCCCUAAUGGUACCGAAUUCGAAGACUAUUGGCCCAGCAAAGUUGUCGACUCAAAUCUGCUCAUUGGCAAUCGUACAAAUGCUAAUAAUUCGGUAAAUUGGACGCGCCAACCCACGCAACCACCGCCAAAAGUGAUGCCACAAUCAAGUAUGUUGCAAAAACAAACGGCCGCUGCAGCGGCUGCGGCACAACAGCAACAGAUGAUGAAACGUGGCGCCAACGCCUACGCCACACAAUCAUCGGCAGCAGCGGCGGCGGCAGCUGCAGCAGCAGCUAUGCAACAACAACAGCCCGGCCAACGGAUGCACCCAUCCAAUGCUGCAUUAGCGACUGUGCAGGCUUUGACAAAUACGUGGAUGCAGCAGCAGCCUCUUAUUCAUGCACAAAUGUUGGCUUCGCAGGCGCAACAGUCACAUCCCAAUUCACGUGCCCCACAAUAUCAACGCAGUCCAAUGGAGAAUAUCCUGCUCGGCAAUCGGCCGACCUAUGCUGCCUACAAUAAUCCAGCGAUUUCGAUGCAACCCGUGAAUAGUCACAAUCAAGCGAAUGCGCCGCCGCCAUUGGUGCGUUCUGGCGCUGGCCAAAGCGCCAACCAUAUGUCAAAUGUCGAGCAAACUAUGCUGCAACAACAAACACAACAGCAACAACGACACACCUCUUCCUCCUCGUCCCGUUCCCCAUCUGCUUCUUCCCAUGCGUCUGCAUCUCAUACCCCCAGCAGCCAGUCCCUACCCCUUUCCCAUGUUCACGCUGCCCCUGGCGCGCCCAGUGCCUCUGCCAGUCCAUACAAUUUCAAUUUCCCCUCUACUGCCGCCGAUAUGGCCUUCUGGAAUCAAUUGACGCCCGCCCAACGCCUGCUGCUUACCCAGCAAAUCAAAAGCAAUGGCACUGUCUCAGGAGCUGUUGCUGCUACCAGCACAGAGCGUUCGAACAGCCUCAGUACCGUUGGCAGUCUUGGUGCCAGCAAAGCUCCAGGUUUUCCUAUUUUCCCAUCGCUGCCUUUAGACACUGAUCUGAAGACUAUGCUGGACUAUAAUCCCCACAAGCAUAGCAACAAGAACAGUACGUCUACAUGCACCACCAAUAAUGGACAGUUCACUAAGCCUUCGGUACCGCCACUAAUUCCAGUGAGUAGCUCCGCGGAAGCGCCUAGUAAGCGCAGUUCGACUAGCACGACUAGCUCGUCGCGGCAUACAAGCUCUUCCUCAUUAACCUCCUCAUCAGGUUGUGCCACAGUGCCGUUGAAUUCAACAGCGUCACUGGAAGAUUUCGAAAAGAAGUUCAAAAUGACUGAUGAAAUGAAAGCGGUGGUGCAGAAAGUACUAUCCAAUCCGGAUCUAUCCACAUUCAUUCAGACGAAUUCGUCUCAAAAUUUUGUUCCUUUUAUGUCGCCACCCAUUUCGCCCGCGCCCUCACUGUCCAUUGUGCCUAAUCCGAAUGUGACCAUUACGCCCCACAUUCCCUCACAGUAUUCGCAUUCGUCACACUCAUCUGCUAGUGGUGGCAGCAGUAGUGGACGUCAGAAAAGCGUCAUUUGCUCCACCAGCGCAGCGCUGAACGUGCCUCCCUCACCCUCCACCUCGAAUUCUACCUCAACCCCCUCUCCAUCGCCUACGCGAUCGCACGGCUCGUCCGCCUCGAGUACUGGCGGCACGGGCAAGAGUGGCAGCCACUACUCCUCGCAACACUAUAACAGCCACCAAAACCACCACUCCUCCCACCAUCACCACCACCACAGUCAAAACCAUAGCCACCACCAACAAAACCAUCAUCAGAAUACCCCUCCAAUGGAAGUAAUCGAUUUGUCUUCCCCCCGAAGGUCGGUGCAAGCUGCCUCCGCCUACUUGCAACAGCAGCAGGAAGCACACCAAGCUGCCGUCGCAGUAGCACAACAACAACAACGCAUGGCGGCCGCUGCUCAACAUCAUGCACAGCAAAAUGGCCGCGCCAGUAGUAGCUCCUCGGCGAAUGCCAACUCCGCCAGCAUGCACCUGCAGCGUCAUGCGGCGAUGGCCGCAGCUGCUGCCGCGAAUAAUGCGCAACGGCUAUCAAUCAUACCGGAGAUGCAACAGUACGAGCGCGCGGCGAACAACAUGGGAAACCAGCCGUACAAGGUGCAGAAGGUAUAUGUGGACAACCGCCUGGUGCCGUGCAUCAACAUGAAGGCGUACAAUGACUCCGAUCAACUGAUGACACUCACCGAUUUCCAGAAGAAUUUCUUUCCGCAUGAGUCGUUGGAGAACUGCAAGGUGCUGAUCGAGACGUUGGGUGUAGAGCUGUACAAGGGUAAUCGGCGGCAACUGCAGGUUCUGAUGGAAAACGAUCGCUCCCACAAUGAGAAUAUACCGUUAGUGCAGGUUCGCGAUGUCAUGAAGUACAUGAAGCAGCUGUUGUUUAUGACUCGAAACCAGGAACAGCCGCCUUCAAAGCGCACACGUAUAAGCUAGGAAAUGGGUUGGGGAG